AGCUAUCGUACGAAAAACGCUGGGAUGGUCGCUCUCAGGCUUCUCUCUGCUAUUAACCUCUCGUGGGAGUAUGUACUAUUUAAUUUCGUGCAUGUGAUGAUUAAAAGAGAUAUAAGAUAAAGUCCAAGAUAAUCCAAGGGAAUCGAUCAUGUCGCAAAAGGCGAAAUUGGUGCACACCUUCAUCGAGAGAGCGAUAAACGGCAAAGGUUUUGAUCGAUGUAUGAAAAAUGUGCAAUUGCUCUCGGCAGCCGAUGGAAAAUGCAAAGUACAAUUUACUGUGGCCGAAGAGCAUUUAAAUCCUAUUGGCUCUAUGCAUGGUGGUUUUACUAGUAGCAUCAUAGAUAUUGUAUCAUCGUAUGCUCUUACGACUUAUAAAACUAAUCUACCUCUUGCAGCUUCCGUAGAUCUGCACGUGACGUUUUUGAAGGCUGCGCGUCUCGGUGAAGUACUAACGGUCAAUGCUGAGACUAUACGUGCUGAUAAGACCAUGGCGUUUCUUGCAGUGGAGAUUACGAAGAAUGAUGGUAAAGAUGUCGUUGCCCGUGGACAACAUACCAAGUUUAUUCUGCCAAUUAAAAACUAGAUAAAAUUAUUGAAUAAAAAAUUAUUAAAUAAAAUUAUUUAAUAACAACUUACCGAUCCAUCAAUGUAUCAUUAUAUGUACAUAAUAAAAGAAAUAUAAUAUAUUGUAAUAUA